UAUUUAAAAAAAAUAUGUCUGUAAAAACUGAUGAAUUAUAUUUAAGAAAGAAUGUACAUAUUGUAAAUUAAUGUGAUAUUAAUUUACAAAAAAUAUUUAGGUGCAAGUAAUUGUAAUUAUAACAUAGAAUAUGUGGGUGUUCGGAUAUGGCUCUUUAAUUUGGAAAGUCGAUUUUAAGUAUGAUUAUAAAUCUGUCGGAUAUAUUAAGGGUUACCUUAGAAGAUUCUAUCAGCAUAGUAUAGAUCACCGAGGAGUUCCUGAGAAGCCGGGCAGAGUAGUGACCUUGAUUCCCAGUGAUGAUCCUAAUAGUAAAGUAUGGGGUGUUGCAUAUAAAAUAAGAAAUGAGGAUGUUGAUCAAGUAACACAGCAUUUAGAUUAUAGAGAGAAAAAUGGUUAUUCCAAACAAAUAGUGACAUUCCAUCCAAGAGACACCAAACUUGAACCUUUUGAGUUGACUCUUUAUGUAGCGACACAGGAUAAUGAAUCUUAUGCAGGUGCUGCUUCGAUAGAAGAUAUAGCCAGGCAAAUAGUUGCUUGUGAAGGGCCCAGUGGUUUAAAUAAGGAUUAUGUGUACCAACUAGCCAAUGCAAUGAGGCAAAUUGCUCCAGAAGUUGACGACAAUCAUUUGUUCUCCUUAGAAGCCACUGUAAAGGAAAUGGAUACUGAUAAUGAAUAAAAAAAAA